UUCUGCAGUGAACCUUGUGCAGUCUGCCUAUAUCGUUUACAAUGUGGCCACAUGAUAACUUUACGGCUAGAAAGGAAGCCAUACUACGAUAUAAUGCUGCUGCAUUGAUCGCACUAUGGUUCAUUUCUUCGUCCUCGUAUCCUACCAUCGAUGCAUUGCUAAAUUAUCCUUUGAUAAAACUGCCGCGUAUCGCGUGUAAAUUCCUUGUUAUGUAUAAUAUUAUCAGCGUGAUAGCAUCCAUUUUCCAAAAGCCUCAGGACAGAAAGGAACUUGUUGCGACACAAACAGAAGGCUCAGAAACCUGGAUUGCACUUAACAACUUGGUUUCUUCUGUUCGAAGGGCAUUCAAUAGUCCUGCAAAGCCUACACCAUCGCCAGUACCACCUGUCACCAAUCAAACACAACCAAGUCCUAAAGAUGUGUAUCCCUCUUUGCACAAGAUGUUUCCGGAUCUGUAUCCCGAACAACCUCCACGAAUAUCGCAGGCAUCUGUUAAGCAAGUGGAACCUUGCUUAGAUAUUUCUGCUUUGCGAACAAAUGCGGCUGCUGCACGACCAGUAACACCAUCGUCUACUAUUGGGUCAUCUGGUACUCCCAGGGAGCGACAACUCUCAUCAUUUAUGUCUCAGCCCACUAUUACUCCCAGUCAGCCUCUACAGGCCAGUGCCAAAGCCUCUAUUAUCCCCAAAGUGAUGUUCCAGUCAUGCAUGCUAAACCAGGAUGUCCAGCUCACCGACGAAAACAACACUGACACCGAGAAUUCAAACAAAAUGAACAUCAAUGAAAUCAGAAAAGAGCAACAGUACAAAGACAUCAAGAUACAAUGGGAUAAAAUAGAUGAAGUACAAUGUGUAGAAUACUGUCAUCAGCUUCGGGAUUGGAUUUCUGUGCGAAUGAUGCGACCUUUGGUGGAUACUAUGGACAAAGUUAAUAAGGAGCUUGAUGCAAACAAUUAUAGCCACUUGAACUGCUAUAACUGCACUCUGUUUACCAGCACCACGUCACCAUCCGUGCCAAUGCCACAUUCGUUAUAUCAGUUGGCGCAAUUCUACUCUAAUAUUCCCAUUACGAACCAGCGCUUAGAUACCGAAAAAUACCUUUUGGUACCUGGUUAUGAACAGGUAGAACACCGGGCUUACAUUAUCAAGCGCAUUAAAGAAUUAGCUUCUGGAUGGAGGCUGGCCGGCUUCAGCAUAGUCAAAUCAGAGCAAAAUCAGCCAAACGAUCGCGAUAUCAUUCUUCACAUCUUCAAGACAUACUUGUCUGAAAUGCACACAGACGUAACUCCUCCUUUGGUAGACCCCCCAAUGGACCUUCUUCGAUUCUUGGUUGCGUACGUUUGGGCAACUCCAAAACUUCACUAUGUCUUCAAGGGCAAACAUCCAGAUAUUGAUGGGACAGCAAAAGCAUGAGACAUAGUAUUACAGUGGAGAAAACAAUAAAGCCA